GAGAUAAUGAUAUGUUGUUUCCACCAGAUGGAGAUCAUGUAUUACAAAUUAAUGGUGACGUUUACGGGAAUCCAUGAGCAUUUCCUGGUGCUGGCCAUUCUAUCUCGUAUCACUACCAAGGAACAUCUUAGCCUCUGUUGAUCAUUUUAAAAACAAAACCAUGACCAAACCAACCAAUGAUUUUCUCCAACCUCAGCUGCAAAGUGGCCAGGGCCUACACACCCAGGAGAGCGGUGAUGAUGGCCUCUCCUCCAACAUGAAGCACACGUUCAUUGAUCAUAACAAUGGAAGUGCGCCUCUGCCUGUAGCAGAUAAGGGCAGCUGUGUGAAACCAAUUCCUAAGGAGGAAAGAAGCACAGUUGUCCCGUGGUCGCACACCUCAGUGUCUGAGUAUGCUACUGGUCCAAAAACACACACUGUGUUUGCUGAAGAGGAGUUCCAAAAACCGCCCACCCAAGCUGUGACAGACAACAUCCCAGAAGAGGAAGCUGUCAAGAUCGUAUCCGGCAAGACAGCCAUUACAGAGGAGCAUGCAAAGGUAGAAGGAGAUGAAAGCUGCACUAAGAUGGACUCUGGGGAAAUCCCUGAAACACCCAAAGGUCAAACAGUGGUCGGCAGAGAAGGGAGAAGCAAGGGAAGAACUGCUCCAAUGCACUGGAAAGUGUUCCAGUGUUCCAGUGUUUUUCCCUUGUUACUACUUGUGAUUGCAUUCAUGGCUGUUGGUGUCUCUGAGGGCUCUUCUGCAGAUCAAGAUUGUAAAUGUAGAGACAUUCACCCCACCGCAGGCAAAUGCUAUACCUGCAAGGACAAGGACGGAUGCAGUAAAUUGAAGAAAAUAUAUGAUUCCCGGGUUUACCUUAAUCCCAAAGAGAUUUACCAAGGAGACAAUACAAAGUUUCCAAGAUGCUCUGAAAUCUCUCCACCUGGUGAUAACUGUACUGUGUGCCUGGACCUGUCUUCUUCCAUCAACAUCUUCUGCUCAGAGCACAUUGGAGAAAUAGACCUGGAAGGAAGCAAUGGAAUCAACAUUGGCACCUUCUCCUUAAAAUGUGUAAAGCUGCAGCCCCCUGGCUCAACCUCACAACCAAGUGUCUCACUGUCUAAUGUCUCACCAAAUCCAAAUGUGCAUGACAGCACACGUCGUGGAUUGAUUUCUAACUUUGGUGAACAUUCAACUGUGAAUGCACAUCUUGGAUUGAUUUGUAGCUUUGUGCUUUUUUUGAUCGUGUUGGCAGCGCUGGGGAUCUCCUAUCAUUGCUACAAAAAAAGAGGAUUUAAAUCGGUCAACAGUGGACUCUGAGGAAAGAGGAAGUGUGUGGACUGGAGGCCUUUCUGCUGCAACUCAUGAUGAUUUUAUUAUUAAUUUAGCUGUUGAUUGUUUUCUUAAUAAUGGUAGUCUUUAAAUACUCAAACCAUGUCAUCAAGUAGCUUGUUUUCUUCUUAAAAAUAACAAAUAGAUUAUCAAUAUAAAUGCUGAUAACUUCUCUGUCUUCUUGUAUAAAAACUGGCAGAGGUGGGAGAAGUAUACUCAGAUAUUGCACUUAAGUAAAAGUAGAAAUGCCAGAGUGUAGGAAUACUCAGUUACAAGUAAAAGUCCUGUAUUCAAAAUGUUACUCAAAUAAAACUAGAAAAGUAUAAGCAUCAAAAUAUACUUAAAGUACCAAAAGUAAAAGUAGCCUACUCAUUAUGCAGAUCGACCCAUUUCAUAAUGAUAUAUGUUUUGAAGUAGGAUACAAUGGAAAUACUCAAUUGAAGUACAAGUAUCUUAACGUGCAAUACUUGAGUAAAUGUACUUAGUGACUUCCCACCUCUGAAAACUGGUUUCAGUUGUACUUGCUGAUAGCAAUGUUGAAAUAAGAGAGCUUUUUGCAAAAAUGGCGUAAUGCACGUGUCUUAAUAAAAAUUGCUUUGAACAGCAAA